AUGAAAUUUGCAAGAGGCGUCUCUGUGCUAUCUGAAAGCCCAGAAAGAACAAAAGAGUAUGCAUGCAUAAUUAUGGCAGUGGGGCAGCUGUCAAUGGGCCUCUUUCGAGUGUUCAAGGAAACCCUUGCAUUCUACAAUGCUCUGCUGCUGGACAAAGGAAGCAAGCUGGAAAUAUCUCUGGCGCAGGAUGAGCUGCUGUAUGGAAAAGUGUACAGAAGGCUAUCUGAAAUGUAUAAAGAGGAAACGAGGAGAGAUAAGGGAGAGACUACGUCCUGGCUCGCAUUUGACUGCACGAGUUUCUGCGAACAGUUUAUGUGGUGGAGCAAAGCUUAUGACUCGAAGACGUGCAAAAACAGUAAGAGAGUCUGGCCGAUGGGAAGCAAGGAAGGACAGACACUGAAGAGAAAAGCAGUGGAUGAGCUGGCAGAAUACCUAAAAAGGAACAUAGUCGAGCCAUUUGACGCAUUCUUUGUGCAGGCUUCGCAGAGCAAAGAGAGAGAGCUUUCCGAAGAGACAGCUCUUCAGUGCAAGCUGGUGGUUGACAGGAAAGUGGGAGAGUAUUUGGAUGAAGAGAGCAUUCUAGGCUGGCCAGUGGAGAGAAUAAAGCAGAGGCUUGCAGAGAAGCUAGAUAAGCUCGAGCAAAGAUACCGGGAAAUGAACUUAUCUCUGGAGAGUGCUGACGAAGCACAGCCAGGGCCAGAGGUAGAGAGUGUAAAAGAAGAGUUUAGGGCAGUUAUGCUGGAGAUGCUCUCAGAGGCCAUCAUGCACGAAAGAAACCCAAGUAUCACCUCAAUAUCUAAGCUACUUCAUGAAAUACUUCAGUCGUCAACCUUUUCCAGUGAGUUGGAGAAACCAAAUAAAUAA